GCGCAGGUGAAAAUUGGCAGAUGAGGUCAAGACCGCCCGUGCUCGCAGGAGCCACCAUGGUGUCUGCCGUCUUCUAUGCUUCAUACCCCGCACAAGGAUUCAUGCUGUCAACGCCAAUUCAUCGCAAAGUUGCGAGAAUCUCCGGAAACUACAGAAACAAGGGAUUCCCCGCUUCCCUGCUUCGCUCAGAUGAUAAGAUACAAAUCCAGAGGCAAUCUACGACGCAGCCUCGUUCCAUUUAUCCCGUCAUGUCGCAGAACCGAAUAGAACCAGAAAGUCAAGCAGAGAACAUGAAACCUCGAUCAGCCGUGGCCGUGGCAGGCUGCCGCCUCCUCCCAUCGGGUGAGACUGAGUGGCUGCUGAUCAAGCGCGGGAAGCCGCCCUCCUACGGCGAGUGGAGUCUGCCGGGUGGAUCAGUGGAGUUGGGCGAGAGCACUAUAGCAGCAGCGAGACGCGAGCUGUGUGAAGAGACGAGGCUCUCGUCGAAUGAUGUGAAGUUCUUCGAAGAUUCGUUCAUGACUAGCGAUGCUAUUGUCAAAGAUGCAAGAAGCGACGUGACGCUGUUCCAUUACGUUAUCGCUCAGCUGUUUGCCGAGAUCAAGCCAGAGGCUCAAGUGGUGGCGGGAGAUGAUGCUCUAGACGUGGGAUGGUUUACCAAGGAGAAGAUCCGAGAAUCUUCCUUCGGCGCAGUAUCCCCGGGGGUGCUGAGGGUGGUGGAGAGAGCGGAAGAGCUCAGGAGGGCAGGAUGUCUUAAGCUCGAUUGACCACUCUCCACUUCCUCCCCCCCCCUCUUCCUCCCCCUCCUCGUCCUCGUCCUCGUCCUCGUCCUCGUCCUCGUCCUCGUCCUACCACAACCGCUGGGGAAACACUCGAUGCGGAUCAUCUUCUUGGUUCCAGUUGCCAUCCACCGGGUCGUCCUGCAGGAAACAAUGAACGAGAGCAGGGUGCCAAAAGGAGCGAUUUCACAUAUUCGUAGUCGUCGAAAGUUCCCAGCUGUAGCCAGCGGGUGAGGAAUGCUGAAGAAGCAAGCAUAAACAUCCUUACCGAUCUCUG